GGAGCAUUGUUCCCGGCGGUUGGCCAUGCCCAUGCGAUUGUGCUGAGCUUGGAAGGGAGCCAGGCCCUGCCGCUGCUGAUGUGACCCUCGUGGGCGGGUGUUUUCUCAGCCCAAAUGGCCCUUGCUCCCUCUGACAUAGGCAGAAAGAGAGAGGGACGGAGAGAGGGUUGCCGGGCAAAGGGAUGGCACUGGUGUAGCCCCAAGAUCCCAUCGCGAUGCAGGAUUCCCCCCCUUCGCUGGCCAUGGACGGCUACGCCAGCAACGUCCCCGCUUUUCUCACCAAACUCUGGACGUUGGUGGAGGACCCCGACACCAACCAUCUCAUCUGCUGGAGUAUUAACGGCACCAGCUUCCAUGUUUUUGAUCAAGGCCGGUUUGCAAAGGAAGUCUUGCCCAAAUAUUUCAAGCACAACAACAUGGCCAGCUUUGUCCGGCAGCUCAAUAUGUACGGCUUCCGGAAAGUGGUGAAUAUAGAGCAAGGAGGCCUCGUCAAGCCGGAACGGGACGACACCGAGUUCCAGCACCUCUACUUCCUCCAGGGCCACGAACACCUCUUGGAGCACAUCAAGAGGAAGGUUUCGGUUGUGAAAAGCGAAGAAACCAAGAUGCGCCAGGAAGAUCUCAGCAGGUUGCUGUACGAAAUCCAGGUCCUCCGGAGCCAGCAAGAGACGGUCGAGUGCCAGGUGCAGGACAUGAAACAGCAGAAUGAAGUCUUGUGGAGAGAAGUCGUGUGUCUCAGGCAGAGUCAUUUGCAGCACCAGAAAGUCAUCAAUAAGCUGAUUCAGUUUCUGUUCGGCCAGCUCCAAUCCGGCCCCAGCACUGCCGCCGCUGCCGCCGCCGCUGGGAUAAAGAGAAAGCUACCUCUCAUGCUGGAUGAUGGGAACUCUGCUCCACCAAUGACUAAGUUCAGGAAGCAUUUGUCUCUGGAUCCUCUCCAUGACUCCUAUUUCAUUCAGUCCCCUUCUGCAGAACCCGCUUCCUGCUUGAACAACAGCCCUGCCGUCACCGGAGGACCCAUCAUCUCGGACGUUACGGAAGCAUCGCAAGCAAAUGUAAUGCAGCCUCCUUCGGAUGAAGAAAGAGCAGACAUGUCUAACCCUUUGGACGGUGCCGAUUUGAACCUGGAAGGCCUCCAGAUCCUGCUCAGGAACCAACCCUACAAUCUGGACGCUCCCAGCACCUUGGACGUCUUCAGCCCAACUAUAUCUGCAAGUGAAUGGAAUAUGAAUGAGGUGGAGGCCAACUUAUCCUCGUUUGUGUUUUUGCAUCAAGAGGCAGAAGCGCAUUGCGGUUCAGGAGAAGAGUGCAAAUGAGAUGUUCUUCGGAGUGUCGAAUCCUCAGUUGAAUAACUUAUUUUUUGGCCCAGGAGGAAACGUCAUGCGUCAACCACCCAACUCUUUGUGGAGGAACACUAUGAAUGUAUCUGGUUAACUUCGACUCUUUGCCCCCCAACCACAUCCCUCAUAUCCCUCUCUGCCUGUGAAGAGUAUUUGAACUUUGGCUUAGCUUGGUGAGAUUAUGUGUGCCUUUCCCUUUCCUCCAGUGGGUACAUUUACCUCUUUAAAGAUGAAGACGUGGAGUCAGUUGCUGCUUUUGAGACUUUGCUGGAUUUUGAAUGUAUCCUUGUUGUUGCUGCGCCACUGUUUUGCUCACACCUCUUCUUGCAGACCUGGGAUGCCGAUCAUGCCCGAGGUUUUCUCCUUUCUCCGGGAAACCCAGGGCUGUUUGGAAGGUGGAAACGGGGCUCGUCCUCAUGAGCUGGCAUCUUGGUAUGAAUGUUGCCUCCUUGCAGGGACUUCCAGCCUCAUCCAAACAUCCUUAAAUAGGAAGAGUCCGACAAGCACAAUCUGUAUGUUGAAGUGCCUUCCUUGUGUGUGUUCGGUGGAGCUUACUCCCAAAUAAGUGUGCUUAGGCUAGAUUGCAGGCGGGCUGUAUUACUUCUGCAGGGGCUCAACGACAGUAUUCUUUUUCCUUAGUGCUUUGUAGACAUUUGUGAUUAAUUCUGGAGGUAGUUCAACUACAUAGGAGUCUUGGUGGUCCAGUUUGGCCAGGCAAUUCCCUCUCUAUUUCCAGUUAGAAGCUGCGGUGGCGCAAUGGGUUAAACCCUUGUGCUGGCUGAACUGCUGACCUGAAGGUUGGGUUGCUGACCUAAAGGUUGUCGGUUCAAAUCUGCGAGACUGGGUGAGCUCCCGUCUGUUAGCUCUAGCUUGCGGGGACAUGAGAGAAGCCUCCCAGCUAACACAUCCAGGCGUCUCCUGGGCAACUUGUGCCGGCUGAACUACUGACCUGAGGGUUGGGUUGCUGGCCUGAAGGUUGCCAAUUCGAAUCCGUGAGAUGGGGUGAGCUCCCGUCUGUUAGCUCUAGCUUGCGGGGACAUGAGAGAAGCCUCCCAGCUAACACAUCCAGGCAUUCCCCUUGGCAACUUGUGCCGGUUGAACUACUGACCUGAAGGUUGGGUUGCUGGCCUGAAGUUUGCCAGUUCGAAUCUGUGAGACUGGGUGAGCUCCCCUCUGUUAGCUCUAGCUUGUGGGGACAUGAGAGAAGCCUCCCAGCUAACACAUCCAGGCGUCCCCUGGGGAACUUGUACCGGUUGAACUACUGACCUGAAGGUUGGGUUGCUGGACUGAAGGUUGCCAAUUCGAAUCCGUGAGACGGGGUGAGAUCCCGUCUGUUAGCUCUAGCUUGUGGAGACAUGUGUAGCCUCCCAGCUAACACAUCCGGGCGUCCCCUGGGCAACGUCUCUGUAUACAGCCAAUUCUCUCACACCAGAAGCAACUUGCAGUACAGUAGGGUCUCACUUAUCCAACAUAAACGGGCCGGCAGAACGUUGGAUAAGCGAAUAUGUUGGAUAAUAAGGCGGGAUUAAGGAAAAGCCUAUUAAACAUCAAAUUAGGUUAUGAUUUUACAAAUUAAGCACCAAAACAUGUUAUACAACAAAUUUGACAGAAAAAGUAGUUGAAUACGCAGUAAUGUUACGUAGUAAUUACUGUAUUUAUGAAUUUAGCACCAAAAUAUCACAAUGCAUUGAAAAGAUUGACUACAAAAAUGCGUUGGAUAAUCCAGAACGUUGUAUAAGUGAGUGUUGGAUAAGUGAGACACUACUGUAUGUACUUUGACAUGAUAAAAAAAAAACAAUUAGAAGGCUAAUUCUGGAAUUCAUGCUCAACUUCUUCUCCCCUCCACUACUUGACUUUUCUCCCUUCUAAUAGUAGUUCCAUCUUCAAUAUGGAAACCAAAAAGCACAAGAAUUGGUGCCCACCAAAGAAAAAAUCAAGAUAAUGAUUUUAUUGACACGACGACAUAGUGUGACACAGCAAACGAGAUAUAUAUAUGCUGAAUUUUGUAUCACAAAAUCACAAGUCCCAAGUGUUUAGGACCGUAAGAUAAUGAUAAUAAUAAUAAUAAUAAUAAUAAUAAUAAUAAUAAUAAUAAUAAUAAUAAUAAUAAUAAUAGACAUUGACAAAAUCACAAUCUGCCAACUGCAAAAGGCCACCCUACUGGGAUCUGCACGCAUCAUCCGAAAAUACAUCACACAGUCCUAGACACUUGGGAAGUGUUCGACUUGUGAUUUUGUGAUAUGAAAUCCAGCAUAUCUAUCUUGUUUGCUGUGUCAUAAUAAAAUAAUAAUAAUAAUAAUAAUAAUAAUAAUAAUAAUAAUAAUAAUAAUAAUAAUAAUAAAUAACACAGCGUUUUGGCGACAAUGCGCAGCUGCGAGAAGGGCAGAUUGAGGACGCCAGUGGCUGGUUGAGGACGCAAGUGGCAGAGUUUUGUGGGGAAGGAGUUGCCAAGCUCAUUCAUUGCUAUGAAAAGCACCUAGAUUUGAAUGGUGACUAUGUUGAGAAGUGGUAUUUGGGUCUGGCUUUCAGCUGCAUAUGGUAAAUGUUUUCUUCUAUACUUUGUUCAUUUUUAAUUCCAAAACGUAAUCAACUUUCUGGAUAACUCUCGUAUUCAAAUUGUGCAUGUCUUGAAAUAACAGGAGAAGAGGCAAUUCAGAGACAGCUUGGUGAGAAUAAUUUUAUGGGCCUCUGCAAUGUUUCCGACGGGCUUCGGAAACAUUGCAGAAGCCAGCAGAAUUGCCUUGCUGAAUUUUGACUGUCCAGAUAAGGACCCAACCACCAGCUUUCACAACCUUUAGGAAAUACUGACUUCUUUUAAGCGUAGCUCAUAGUGGGAGAACAUGUGUGUAAGAGGAUGGGUAGAAUUUAAUGCUUUAACUCUUUUCUUCUCUGAUUGAUUUGUGUGUUUAUUCCGAGUCGUUCUCCGGAACAGAUCCCACAUCUCUCAUUUAUUGGAGUUCUUAGCAAAACAGAGUGAUGUUUGCAAUAAUUUGUUAAGUCCUGUACCCGCUUACUUCCGAGUAUGCUCUAUUGGAUACAGUAUUAAUAAUCAGGGAUACUUUAGGAUUGUUCUUUAGAUAGUUAGGUAUUUCUUCUUUGUGUAUAGAGACACUAUCCAUCCAUUAUUAUUAUAGAAAGGGAUAGCACGAUAAGGCUGACAGCAAUAAAAAAUAAUGUAUGUUUUGUUGUGACUCUCACCCCUGAUUGAAUGGCAGUCUGUAAUUUUUAAUUUUUUAGAAGUUAGUAUUUUACACAUUUUCAGGGUCUGUCGGAUACAGUGCACGGUUAUUUUGAUGAUAGAAAUUAUCGGCUUUUGAACUUUUUGUGCUUUUUUAGUAACUGACUUAAUCCUUAUUGCUGUAGUUUUCUUUGAAAGGUGGAAAUCCAAGAGGAAGCUUACCUCAAAGUAUUUUUUUUCCUUGAAAGGUCAUUUAUGAUUGUAUAUCCUGGCUGUUUUAGGCAUUAAUACUUGACGUUUUAAGUGCUGAGCCUGCCAUUUUUGCACUAUGUCGUUGUACGUUUUGUCAUAUUUUACAAGGUAUGCGGAUUAAAGAGGUCUCCUCGUCCUCA